UGGGUUAUUGGUUUUCUUAAAUAAAAUAAUAUAGCUGUGAAACCCCAUUAGAUUUAUUCAUGGAGUACAAAAGAGGUCUUAUCUACAUAAUGCAAAAUGCAGAAAACCAACCAUAUAACAGUUAUAACCUUCAAAAAAGAAAAAAAAAUAAUGUAUAUGAGCUUUUCGAUUUUAGUCCCUUAUGUGCAGCAUUACAAAUCUAUCACAAUCCACACAUAUACGACUGCUCUUAUGUGCAGCAUUACAAAACUAUCGUAAUCCACACGUAUAUGACAGUGAUGAAUGCAUUCAUUCGGUCCAUAUUGGCAAAUCUAGUUUCUCAGCAAUUUCUCGGCCUGGGAAUUUCUUGGGAGAUUUUCAGAUUUUGACGUUUUUCUCGCUAUAUUAUCAGGAAAGUCUUGCUGAAAAUAAAAUAUUUAAACAUAUUUAUGAUAAAGUACUAUAUAAUUUAAAUUUUGAAUAUAAAAGUAGAAACUGAAUUAUUUUAACUUCUAAAUAAUUUUUCAUUAAUAUCAAAAUACAUAAAACUGCCAAACGUUUGAAAAUUUCGUGAUAUUAUCGAAAUAAUAUCAUUCAAUCAAAAUUCUGGUAAUAGCACAAUGUUUUCAAAAUCCCGGUGAUAUUUGUUACAUUGAUUCUAUCGAAAUGCUCGAUCCAUUCAGAGCAUAUGGCAUUUCAUUGCAUUUAUGGUUGAUUUUGUAGCAGUAUUGGUUACUUAUUUUGUUCAGUUAGAGAGUGCAAGUAUUAGCUAUUUGUUGUGAAAUAAUGUGAUUUUAGCUUUUGCACAUACUAUCUUCUUUUCACACUCAUGCAACCUGUGCAUCAUUGUUCCAAUUUCAGCAAACACAGAACUGUGAAUGGGGUUUGUUUAUGCUGGUCAAAUUACUUGCUUGACUUGGUGUUUUCGUAAUCCCGUUUGGUUUCAGGUCCUUGUGUGUGCUAAAGCUCUGUGACAACCUCCUGGGGCCAAAUUCUGCAAAAAUGGUUUUUGAUGCUCUCCUCGAUUCUUCAUCUGGUCUAUCUAUCCUUGAGCUAUCUGACAACUAUAUUGCAGGUUGGCUUUCUACAGUUUAUGGGAGAUUCUCAAGUUGGCCCACAUCAUCAUCAUCAGCAAUAGACCAAUCCUUGAGGUCAUUAAAUGUUCUCAAUCUAGGGGGAAGCAAUUUACGUGAGAAUGAUGCAGAAGAUCUUAAAUCUGCACUAGCUUACACUCCAAACUUGCAGGGUUUGGAUAUCAGUGACAAUCUUAUUGGGGACAAUGUAAUUAGGUCAGUUGAGCGAAGAUUUAAUUACAGGGAGUUAUUUGUGGAGGUCUACUGGUCUACCUUGAGUGCCACAAAUUGAUUCCCUUGUGAUGUCCUCACUGUCCUGCGCUUAA